UUUCCUUCCGUUUAAAAAACUCUUCUCUUCAGAACUGCUGCAUCUUCCGCUUUGUUGCUGCGUAUCUAUUAACUAGAAUUUUUCUUCCAGAUCGAAAGAUAACCGAUUGAAGAUGAAUGUGAUCGAUCAUGUGCGGGAUAUGGCCGCGGCCGGACUGCACUCUAAUGUCCGGAUCAUCAGUAGUUUACUCCUGACCAUGAGCACCAACAACCCCGAGCUGUUCUCACCAUCUCAGAAGUACCAGCUGCUGGUGUAUCAUGCUGAUGCCAUAUUCCAUGAUAAAGAGUACAGGAACGCAGCCUGUAAGUACAACAUGGCUUUACAGCAGAAGAAAGUGCUCAGUAAAACAUCUAAAGUUCGUCCCUCCAGCACAGGCGGCACGACAUCUGCAGUGCAGGCACAGAACUUGCCAUCAGAGAUUGAAGUGAAAUAUAAAAUCGCUGAGUGUUACAUGAUUCUGAAGCUGGAUAAAGAUGCCAUAUCAGUGCUGGAUGGGAUCCCUUCACGCCAGAGAACGCCAAAGAUCAACAUGAUGCUGGCGAAUCUUUACAGAAAGGCCGGUCAGGAACGUUCAGCCGUUACGAGCUACAAGGAAGUGUUGAGACAGUGUCCUCUGGCUCUUGAUGCCAUUAUUGGGCUUCUGUCUCUGUCGGUGAAGGGGGCAGAGGUCGCUUCCAUGACGAUGGACGUGAUUCAGAGCAUCCCCAAUCUUGAUUGGCUGUCUGUCUGGAUUAAAGCACAUGCUUUCAUACAUGGAGGGGACAAUCAGAGAGCGAUCAACACUAUCUGCUCUUUGGAGAAGAAGUCACUCUUGAGGGAUAAUGUGGAUCUUUUAGUGACCCUGGCGGAUGUGUACUUCAGGGCUGGAGACACCAAGAACUCCAUCUUGAAGUUUGAGCAGGCGCAGAUGCUUGACCCUUACCUGAUCAAAGGUAUGGAUGUAUACGGCUAUCUUAUGGCCAGGGAGGGUCAUCUAGAAGACGUGGAGGUUCUCGGAGGACGGCUGUUCAACAUAUCUGACCAGCAUGCAGAGCCCUGGGUCAUAUCUGGAUGUCACAGCUUCUACAGUAAGCGCUACUCUCGCGCCCUCUAUCUGGGAGCUAAAGCCAUCCAGCUGAACAGCAACAGUGUGCAGGCGCUCCUCCUGAAGGGGGUCGCUCUGCGAAACAUGGGCCGAGUGCAGGAAGCCAUCAUACACUUCAGAGAAGCCAUGAGACUGGCGCCCUGUCGUCUGGACUGCUACGAAGGUCUGAUUGACUGCUACCUUGCGUCUAAUGGUAUCCGGGAGGCUAUGGGAAUGGCUAACAAUAUUUACAAGACGCUGGGAGCGAACGCCCAAACUCUCACCAUCCUGGCCACAGUGUGUCUGGAAGAUCCCAUGACCCAGGAGAAGGCCAAGACUCUGCUGGACAAAGCCCUCGCUCAGCGGCCCGACUAUAUCAAAGCUGUCGUGAAGAAAGCAGAGCUCCUCAGUCGAGAACAGAAGUACGAGGAAGGAAUAGCACUUUUACGAAACACUUUAGCCAAUCAGAGCGACUGCGUGCUGCACAGAAUGCUGGGGGAUUUUCUCGUAGCUGUUAAUGACUAUCAGGAGGCGAUGGACCAGUACAGUAUAGCGCUAAGCCUCGAUCCAAACGACCAGAAGUCUCUGGAGGGCAUGCAGAAGAUGGAGAAGGAGGAAAGUCCCACGGACGCCACGGUGGAGCUGGACGGGGACGAUAUGGAGGGCAGCGGGGAGGAGGGAGACCUGGAGGGCAGCGACAGCGAGGCGGCGCAGUGGGCCGAUCAGGAACAGUGGUUCGGCAUGCAGUGACCCUCAACUAAAAGACUCUUAAGAGCUUGUGCACUUCAGACUUCAAAGAAAACAUCCACACUUUUGCAUUUUGAUGUGUUUGAACAGAGAGAUGCCGUAAUGCUCACUGCUGCCCUCUGGUGGUGAGUCACAGACACAAUCCAAAUUUUCUUGUCCUCAGUUUUGUCAUAUCAAGAGAUUUUAAUUUUCAG